GCAUGACCGACCGACCGACGACAAAGACGUCAUAUUGCCAUAGUCAGUUCGCAUGUGUGUCUCCCUUUUUGCUGUGUGUUGUUUCUUUCUUCACUUUUAUCAGAGAUAAUAACACGGAGUGUAUUCGUUAGGUCAAAAUGUCUUUGCUGUAUGGAAAAAAAUUCCAUUGAAUAGCUCUGAAUUUAUGUAAAUACAUUGAUAGAACUGAAACUCUCGCACCCAAAGAAGCACAGUGAAAAAAACACAUACAAACGAUUUUGAAUUUGUGUUUGCCCUUCAAAAAACCGAUAAAGUGUAGCACGAAUUGCUUGUGACUCGUUGAGAGAACGCACUUCGCCGACACAUUGUACGUUUUCGUAUUCCGUCUACACAUCUUCAUUGAAGUGGUUUAUCUGUCUUUCAUUUGCGAUAGUUUAGUUAUCAUUCAACGGUUGUCAAAAUGAGAAAAUUGAAAUUAUUCCGAGCGAUUAUAAUGGGAGCGCCUGGUUCAGGAAAAGGUACAAUUUCUGAUCGUAUUAUUAAACGCUUCAAUUUUAAAUAUGCAGCUACUGGCGAUCUGUUACGUCAGAAUGUGAAAAUGAAGACGCCGUUGGGAAUUGAAGCCAAUAAAUACAUGCAGAGUGGUCAAUUAGUGCCAGAUGACCUGAUAAUUAAGUGCAUACUGAAUCGCGUUAGUGCGAUUGGUAAUGAUUCCUGGUUGUUGGAUGGAUUUCCGAGAACGAUUGCACAGGCGGAGUACUUGUGGAAUUUUCAACCCGUUGAAUCGGUUAUCAAUUUGCACGUGCCACACGAUGUGAUUAUCGAACGAGUGAAAGACAGAUGGGUGCAUGUGCCAAGCGGUCGUGUGUACAAUUUACACUUUAACAAGCCAAAAGUUCCGGGCCGUGAUGAUAUCACCGGAGAAGAGUUAGUACAACGUGAAGAUGAUAAACCAGAGACGGUGAGGAAGCGAUUGGAAGUAUACGAGGAGUGUAUUAAGCCAAUGGCCGAUUUUUAUCGUGCAUUGGGCAUUUUAAAUGAGUUUGAAGGACGCACAACUGACGAAAUUUGGCCAAAACUUCAAGCAUAUUUAGAGAAGGCCGUCAAGUAGAAAAGGAAAAAUAACAUGCGUUGCCAUUUGCUUCCAACUUCAAUUAAACUGUUCGGCCAAACAGACACACAACGAUACCAAUCGAGAUGGACAAUAAAAUAAACGAUUUGAUUUAGAGGACAUAGAGUUGUAUGUUCUUUGGUUUCUUUUUGGAUCGUGAAGUAGAUUGUAUUUGAAGUAGCGUAGUUGUGAUUGGUGGAGAAAUGAUGGUCCUAAAUAUUCCCCCCCACAUAUAUUUACUCUUGUAGUUUGGAAAUGUAAUUCAAUUAACCUUUUUCGAUGUGAUUUUAUUGUGAAUAUUCUAGUAGAUUCGCACAAAGUACAAUAUGCUCAACCAAAUAUACGAUUUUGAUGUACUUUGAUUGUUAUUUUAUGUUUGAAACAAAAAAAAACUGUUUGUACCAUCAGGUGGAAAAUACUCAUGAUUAUUAUACACACCUGUUUCAGUUCCAAUUCAAUGCUUUUAAUCCCAUGUUAUUGCUUGAUGUAAUCAAACCUUAUCUACAGCUAAAAUUGUAAUAAUCCUUAUCUCAGCCAAAUAUAAAUGAAAAAAUAAAGCGUUAGUUUCCAUGUACAA